AUAUAGAAGAAGAAGGAGUCGCUGCUAUGUGUGUGUGUUCUCCUGCUAGCCAGCGGAGCUGAUGCGGUAAAGGGAGUGCCGAUGCUGCCGUUGGGUCCAUACACCGCCCGAGUCUGAUAUUAGAGGAAUUAAAAAAAAAGUGUCUUAUAAUUACAAGGUUGUUCCUGUCAGCAUCUCUCCAGUAAAUCAUGGCAGAACCAGAACUUUUGUUGGACUCCAACAUCCGUCUGUGGGUUGUGUUGCCCAUAGUGUUCAUCACUUUUCUCGUCGGGGUCAUUCGACAUUACGUCUCCAUCUUAUUACAGAGUGACAAGAAACUCACACUGGAGCAGGUUUCGGACAGCCAGGUUCUCAUAAGGAGCAGGAUAUUAAGAGAAAAUGGAAAAUAUAUCCCUAAACAGUCCUUCCUGAUGAGAAAAUUUUACUUCAAUAACCCAGAUGAUGGCUUCUUUAAAAAGACAAAAAGAAAAGUAGUACCUCCUUCCCCAAUGACUGACCCAAGCAUGUUGACAGAUAUGAUGAAGGGCAACCUGACAAAUGUUCUUCCCAUGAUCCUUAUUGGUGGCUGGAUCAACUGGACUUUUUCUGGAUUUGUCACAACUAAGGUACCGUUCCCUCUCACACUCCGUUUCAAGCCUAUGUUACAGCAAGGGAUAGAGUUGCUCUCGCUUGAUGCAUCCUGGGUUAGCUCAGCGUCCUGGUAUUUCCUGAAUGUCUUUGGACUGAGAAGCAUGUAUUCUUUGAUUCUUGGACAGGACAACGGUGCAGAUCAGUCUCGCAUCAUGCAGGACCAGAUAAGCGGUGCAGCUAUGGCGAUGCCUGCAGACACAAACAAAGCAUUCAAGGCAGAAUGGGAGGCACUAGAGUUGACGGACCAUCAGUGGGCAUUAGACAGUGUGGAGGAGGAUCUGAUGAGCAAGGACUUGGAUUUUUCUGGCAUGUUCAGCAAAGAUUUGCCAACAGGCAUUUUCUAAAGGCAUUAAAGGACAUCACCUUAAAAUGUAAUUAUGGUUAAAUUGUGUGGACCGAUUUGGAACUAAUGGGACACAACAUGGUAUUUAUUCUUAGAGAAGUUGCAGAAACCUCAUUGCAGACUGUGCAUGUAUUCUUUUUGCUGAAUUUCUUUUGGUUUAUCAUAAAGAUUGAUGCGAAAGAAAUUAUUUGAAAUUAACCUUCACUUUAUAUAUUACAUUCUUCAGUUUCAAAAACUAUAUUAGGACUAUAUAUAGGCUUAUGGCCUGGGGUGUAUACUGUCGAGUCACUUUCAUCAGUCACUAUGGUAUAGGUUUGAUUUUAAUGUAUGUUUAAUGUAGAUGAAGCAUCAGACUGAACCAGUUAGCUUUGUAUCCAUAUAAUUCGGUUUAGUCUUCUACCCCAGCAUAUUCACAUGGCAUCAUUCCCUGAUCAACAUCGUAUGUGUUUGUUUUUUUUUAUUCAUUUAUUUGACCAAGUGAUUAACAGCAUCAUAGAUUAUUAAAAUUGAAAGAAGAAAUGAGAUGGAAUUAAAAAAAAAAAAAAAAGGACCAAUUGCAAUUCAGUCAAAUUAAGAGCUGUCUUUUAUUGAUGGUGACCAAUUUUCAUCUGUUAUAAGGGUCAGUGUUAUGGUUAAAUGUUGCGGAUUUCCUGCUUAAACAACUUCUAUACAUGGUAAUUAUUGUCAGUUGUGUUUGAGCAGGAAAUCGCUGAACUCUCCUCCACGGCUGAAAGUGCAGACCUUUCAAUGUGUGUUCCCUCAAUUACCUGGUCGUCUUUUCACUCUUGUUAGGCAUUGUCAUGUUUUUUUGUUUUUUUAAUUAUUUAUUUUUCUUGCAACAUUUUUUUGUAAAGUGACACAAUAAUGUACUUGCAAGAAGUGUUUAUUCAUAAUAGAACUUGUUUUUCUAAAGCAA